AUGCAAGUGGAAGCACCCUGGCAUAACCACCACCAACCAAGCUCCAACAACAGCAACCACCACCAACCAAGCUCCGACAACAGCAACCACCACCAACCAAGCUCCAACAACAGCAACCACCACCAACCAAGCUCCAACAACAGCAACCACCACCAACCAAGCUCCAACAACAGCAACCACCACCGACCAAGCUCCAACAACAGCAACCACCACCAACCAAGCUCCAACAACAGCAACCACCACCGACCAAGCUCCAACAACAGCAACAACCACCAACCAAGCACCGACAACACAACCACCACCAACCAAGCUCCGACAACAGCAACCACCAACAUGCCAUAUCCAGACACUACAUCCACCCCAAGUGGACAGAUACAAAGAGUCUGUAAAAAGGAAGUACUGAAGAAAAAAUGUCCCAUAUGCCAAGUUCAAAUGCACAAAACAAAUUUAAAGAGGCACAUAGAAAGGAAGCACACAGCCAAACAAAAGGACAUCACAGCAACAUCCCACCUGCUUAAUGAAUGUAUAGAUCAGGAAAAUGGAAUUUAUUGUGUCCACAAGUCAUUUCAUGGUGCCAGCAUACCUCUACAUGUCCAAAAUAAAAUAUGGGGUGAAAAUCAACAUGUCUCCUGUGAAUCCACUGAGUGCCAGGUUAACAUGGAGUUGGCAUGGAGGAGUGGGUUAAAGGCAUAUCAGUGCACACAUAUUAAAUCAAUAGCAUACUGUUCAUCUUAUGCUUCCUCUCCUCUGCUAAGUGACAUUACACUUACUGAGAUGGUGAACAGCAAAUGGUUUGGUGAGGAUAAAAAGAAGGUUUGCCUUGAUCGGCAAAACCUCGCCAAAAGCAAUCAUGUACCUCUGUCUGUGCACUGCAAAACUGGAACCCCCAAAUCAGUGAAAUACAUUUCUGUAUAUGAGCCUACAAUUUCAUAUUUCAGUCGGCUUGGAAGAGUCAUGGUGUCAUAUGACACCAAAAAAAAUUCAUGGCACUGUCCAUGUCAGAAGACAAGGAGGUCUUGCAUACAUAAAUAUAUUGCCAAAUGGCACUUGUUUCAGACAAACCCUGAGCUGUUUAGUAAAGUGCGGAGCACUGAGGAAUUGGAAUUUCUUACAUCAGCAGGGGACGACAACAGAUGGAGUGAAGCCGAUCAUGAGGGUGACAGACUGUAUCCACCAAAAGAUAAGGAUAAGUUAAAAGUCAUGAUUCAGUAUAUUCUGAUGAAAAAAAAGUUACCUCCAGUUCUUCCUGAAGAGAUACGUCUUCCAUCAGUGGAAAAAGAGUAUCCAAGGCAUCUAAUCCCAGAGGAGAUGAUGUGCCAGCACUGCCCUGGCAAUGUACCUCUGGGUGACCCAAUCCUUAUUACGCAAAAGGCGAAAAUCCUCACCAGCUCACGCAUUGUUCAGGGUAGGUCUGUGAUAUAUCCAUACUGCUGUCAGCAGAGUGGUGGAAUAUUUGGAAAGAACUACAGGGACAAUCCACCAGUUGUAAUCAUGGACCUCCAUAAGAAGGGGGCCUUCCAUUUGUCAGUAAGUGACCUUGCACUGCCUCCAGAGGACUUCCAAGGAGAGGUUGACAUGCACAGUUUUUGGGAGGCACUUUCAGUGGAGAGGAUUGGUAGAGGAUUUGUCACAAAGUGUAAAAAAGUUCGUCCACCAAAACCGGCUGAGGUCUCUGAGAUAACAGUGACAGAAGAUCGCCUCAGAGAGGAACUGUACAGGCAAAAGUUUCCCAUCUCAGGUGGUUGGGCUGUCAUUUUGUGCCCGUGCGGCAUUGUGUACAGCAUCAAAUGUAACAUUCGUGCAGAAAGCCCACGUGACUUUGCAGACAUGUUACUUUCUUGGAAGCACAUGCCAAAUGUCGUCAUAUAUGACUUUGCACGUGGGUUAGCAACCCACAUGAACCUUAGAGAACCAGAAAGUUUGCCUUUCAAGCCAUUUGAAGGACGGUUAAGAGCACCAACUCCAGACAACAUAGCCAAAGCCAAAGAUGGGAAACUGAAGGUCUCAUUGCCUUGGCUAAAUUGUAAAAAAAACAUCCCAGACACUGAAGGUCAUCCAAUAACGGGUUCAGCAGAACAUUAUGCUCUGUAUGACCGGUUUCAUGAGGACAAUACAAAAGAUCCUCGUGAUGUCCUGCGUAAACUUGACCUGGUCCCACAACUCGCGGGAAAAGUGAACAGUCAAGUUGCAGAACAACUAUUUUCCAGAAUGAAGAAAAACAAUUACUUUUUAAACAUGGCUUUACCAUCGACUCAUCUGUUUCUUAUGAGAAAUAUCAUACAUCAUCAUAACAUGCACAGAAAUGAACAACGACUAGGCAACAUAAAAAGGGCUUUUGAAAAUGAUGUCACAAUGAACAGGCACAGCCAGGCAGUGUUGGGUAAUUAUUUUAUUUAUUUAUUUAUUUUUAUGUAUUAAAUACAAUUAUGAG